AUGGACAAUUUAUUCCGUGUUACCCACAAACCUCCGCUCAUCGGUCAUUUCACCCAGGCCCUGAGGGACCUCCCGCACUCACGCCUCGAGUAUCAUCAGCUGAUCAACACUUACGGCACCCACUACGUGUCCCAGCUGCAGCUGGGGGGCCGGGUGCGGGACGUGACGGCUGUGAGGGUCUGCGAGGCGGCGCUGGAUGGGGUGACGGCUGACGAGGUCAAAGACUGUCUGAGCCUGGAGGCCUCCAUCAGCAUCGGGGCAGGGAAGGGCAAGGCUGAGGUGGCCUUCAGCCAGUGUGAGGAGCAGAAGAAGAAGCAGAACUUCAAGCGGAGCUUCCAUGAGACCUACAGCGAGCGUCACACUGAGGUGACGGGCGGCAACAGCCACGCCGACUUGCUGUUCUCUGAGGGGCAAGACACCGAGGUUUUCUCAGCCUGGAUGGAGAGCCUCAAAGCCAGCCCCGGCCUGGUGUCCUACUCGCUGCGCCCCAUCCACACCUUGGUGAGGCAGGACAACCCCAAGCGGGAGGCGCUGAGGCAGGCGAUGAGCGAGUAUGUCACCGAGAGGGCCCUGUGGAGGAAUUGCACCCACAGCUGCCCCCCGGGGACCCAGCGCAGCGCCCAUGACUCCUGCUCCUGCGUCUGUCCCGGGGACGGCUCCACCGACACCAUGUGCUGCUCACGGGAGCGGGGCCAGGGGAAGCUGACCGUGACAGUGGCAGCUAGCAGCCUGUGGGGCGACCACACCAAGGUCUACAUCCAGGUAUCCUUCCAGGGCCAGGAGGUGCAGACGGAAACCAUGUGGAACACUGACAACCCGGUCUGGGGUCCCUACGGCUGGGGAAGACCAGCCAGCUCCACCUCCAGGUCUCGGACGUACAACGAGCCGCUGCACUCCAGGGAGGGUCAGUGCCAGGUCUGGCACCACCCUCCCUCACAGCACCCCAUUACCCCAGCACCUCACGCCCCCCUCCCUCGUCAAACCAACCCCUCCCCCGGCAGCCCCAGUGUUCCUCGAGGGCCCAUUGUCUCGAUCAGGAAGUGGCAGGUGAAAAUGCCUCACCAGCUUCCCAGGUAG